AUGGAUCGGCCUCCAACUAAUUCUAUGGAAACUAUACUAACCUUUGAAAACAGAAACAUAAGUCAAUGGUCGGCAAUGUGGUCUACGGCCAACAUCACAGCAGCGGAUGGUCCGCCAAGCACGCGCCGGUUUCUCUCCGGCCGGCUCCAUCUGCGCCUCUCAGCGUUGUCGCUGGGCGCCUUCCUCACGAUGCACUGCAAACUCACAGCAGCCGCGCUCACUGGAGGAUUCUUCAUUUUCGCGAUAUUCCUAGUCUUGGGCACAGUGGUAUUGGCUAACCCAUUACGCCAUUUUGAAGUAUACCUGGGUCAGUGGAGUUUGAGUGGGCCGGGAAGAGCCUUCAGGAUUUUACCAAUGUUUGAUGGAAUCGGUAUCGCGAUGUGCAUCAACGCAAUAAUACGAGCAAUAACUUGCUGCACAAUCGCUGCGAUAUCAGCUGUCUACUUGGUGCACUCAGUGUCAGACGAAACCCUUCCGUUUACCUACUGUAGGGAUUUUCAGCUGAAACCUUAUAAGCCCAUAUUAAAAGAAGUCAAUACUAGAGCUAUGUACGAAAACUACAAUAGCGUAUUGCAUGCAUUUGUUUUAAAUUUGACGGUUUUACAGAAAAAUGACUUGAACACUAUAAUAUUGAAAGACUAUAGAAGAUAUGAAUUAUCCCAAUUGCCUAGGACACAAGUCAGCGCUACAACAAGUACCGUAGGAAUUCCUGACUACGCUUGGAGAAAUAUUACAUUGCGAAAUAGAAAUAAAAAAGCCGAAAAACUAUUUAUACGAUGGAUGGAAUUUUGCAAUGAAAAUUAUACUGGUCUUUAUCCUGCUUUAUUCAAUACACCCGCAUAUAACUUCUUUUACGUGGAAGUCGUUCAUUUAAGAUCUGAUUAUAGUUUAAAGUCGUUAAAUUUAUUAAUGGUGUACAGUAUCAUUACAACUUGGCUUAUUAUAUGGGCGACAUUGAUAGCUGAACGUCUAUACAAUAGAAGGCUUACUUGGAACCGAAUGUAUCGAUGGUUGGUGGUAGUACCAUGGAUAUGGAAUAUUAUUCUCAUUAUAUCAGCUAUUGGUCAAUUGUCCGUAAUAGAGUACAAGCUAAAAUAUGCUUUUCGAGUCAGUGCCCAAGCGAUGUUUGUCACUGCAACUGAUGCUUUAGAUGUUGCUAUUUACAUACACGCGGCAUGCCUUGGCACAGAAAUUAUACACGGAAAAGGUUUAAACCAUUACGCUUCCGGACACAUCGAUCCAUUUUUGAAUAAUGAGAACGUGUGGCACUCGAUAAUACUGUCUCUGUUAGCCGGACUCCACUCGGGCGGCGCAGCAGCGUGUGCAUUCGUCGACUAUUUGCAGUUCGAAGUGGACCAAAGGAUACAAGACAUACGCGAAAGCACUUUAUGGGUGAUACCGAUGUAUUCCAAAUGUAUCACACAGGGUAGUUAUUCACAUCUAAAAUCCUCGUUUGUGUUUGGAGGACUUACAUUUUCUUACAUGACAAUAGCGUAUACUAUGAUCAAGACAGCAAUGCAUACGAUUUUUGAGUACAAAGUUAAAUUAGUAUAUUGUGAGCAGUUCGUAGCAGCGUGUCUUAUUCUCACCUGCAUGGGAUUCAGUUUAUUUUUUGCAACUAAUGGCGGCAUAGUACUCCUGGAGAGUUUAGAUCUGACUAUGACGACGGUGGCAACACCUAUGAUCGCACUGUUGGAGCUGGUGGCCAUGCUGUACGUGUACCGCAGCCACGACUUCCGUUCAGACAUGAACCUCUCCAUGGAGGAGAACGCGUGCGGAUCGCGAAUGGACACCCAGUGGCAUAUAAUACCAUUUGUCACCUUUGGUCUGCUGGCUAGUAAGUUGUACAUGACUUUGAACUCCGAACUGCCAACCAAGAUGGUUAUGAUUGCGCUGAUUCCCGUCAUACUCGUGGUCGUGGCCAUCAUGCUGCGGACUCUUCGCAACAUAUAUGUAUUCUUCAGAUAAUGUAAAUGCCUUGUCAUUAGGCUACAAAAUUAUUUAAAAACUAUUAUUACGGUAUUCGUAUAUAUAUAAAGUUGUGAACUUGUCUAGAGAUGGCGGUAGCGCGGAAACCACAUAGUCAAAAGAAAGGACAAACUUAA